UUGUGUUUAACAUUCAGCGCGAAUUUUGCAGUCUCCAGGAAAAGCCUUCACCAAGGAAUAAACUCAGUAGGCUCAAUCACUGAUGAACUGAUUCUUCCGUAGGACUGGCGUCAUUUCAGACAAUAUACAAACUCUUGCAAGGAUUUUGCAAAGUCGGACUUUAAGUUUUUCUAAGUUUAACUGCUGUUAAACGGAGACGACUAAACGUGUUGCUAGCUUUCUCCGAGUAACUGGGAAGUUAUAAAGGGUAACAUUAGCAACACAAAUAUGAGAAGAGUCAUAUAACAGCCUGGUUGGAAACACGAGAAAAAUGAGAAGGAGUCUUGCUCCCAGUCAGGUUGCGAAACGAAAGCAGCCAGGGGAUUCCUAUGAAGACGAUGACUGGAUAUGUAAAACUGAGAAAAGAAGAAAAGGAGACAAGGUGAUAGAAAGCCAUGUUUCUCCUUUUAGAAAGCCUCUGACACAGCUGAACAACAGGCCUGUAUGUAUGGAAGGUGACAAACAUGAGGCAUUUAUCCGAAGUAUUCUAUCCAAACCUUUUAAAAUUCCUAUUGCAAAUUACACAGGCUCACUGGGAAUCAGGGCACUUGGUCUAAAACGAGCAGGAGUGAGAAAAGCACUUCACGAUCCCUUUGCAGAAGAUGCUUUGGUACUUUAUGAGCCUCCAAAUCUCAGUGCUCAUGAUCUAAUCAAAGCUGACAAAGACAAGCUACCAGUCCAUGUUGUUGUGGAUCCAGUUUUGGGAAAAGUGCUCAGACCCCAUCAGAGAGAGGGGGUGAAGUUCCUGUGGGAGUGUGUGACGGGCAGACGUAUUCCAGGAUCUUAUGGCUGCAUCAUGGCAGAUGAGAUGGGCCUGGGAAAGACUUUGCAGUGUAUUACCCUCAUGUGGACCCUGCUACGUCAAAGCCCUGAUAUUAAGCCAGAGAUAGACAAAGCAAUUGUGGUUUCACCUUCUAGUCUGGUUCGCAACUGGUAUAAUGAAGUAGGAAAGUGGCUGGGAGGACGGAUUUCACCUGUGGCCAUUGAUGGAGGCUCGAAAGAUGAGAUCGAUAAACAACUAGUGAACUUCAUCUCUCAACAUGGUUUGAGAGUGCCAACUCCAAUCCUGAUCAUUUCUUAUGAGACGUUUCGACUGCAUGCUGGGGUUCUGCACAAGGGCAAAGUUGGACUUGUUAUCUGUGACGAGGGCCAUAGGCUAAAGAACUCUGACAACCAGACAUACCAGGCUUUGAAUGCCAUGAGUGCCCAGAGGAGAGUGCUGAUAUCAGGGACUCCCAUCCAGAAUGACCUGUUGGAGUACUUUAGCCUGGUCCACUUUGUUAAUGCUGGAAUUCUUGGCACAGCUCAAGAAUUUAAAAAGCGGUUUGAGCUUCCCAUUCUCAAGGGUAGGGAUGCAGAUGCCAGUGAUAAAGACAGACAGACAGGAGAAGAAAAACUCAAGGAGCUGAUCAGCAUUGUCAACAGGUGUUUGAUAAGGAGGACAUCUGACAUCCUCUCGAAGUAUCUUCCAGUGAAAAUUGAGCAGGUUGUGUGCUGCAGGCUGACUCCUUUGCAGACAGAACUCUAUAAGCACUUUCUGAGGCAAGCCAAACCCAUGGAGACAUUACAGGAGGGCAAAAUAAGCGUUUCUUCCCUGUCUUCAAUCACAUCUCUCAAGAAGCUGUGUAAUCAUCCAGCUCUGAUCUAUGAAAAGUGUGUGGAAGGAGAGGAGGGCUUUGAGGGAGCACUAGAUCUGUUUCCUCCUGGUUACAGUACUAAAGCUGUGGAACCGCAACUCUCUGGGAAAAUGCUAGUUCUUGACUACAUUUUGGCAAUGACGAGGACUACAACUAGUGACAAGGUGGUGCUUGUCUCCAAUUACACCCAAACACUAGACCUCUUUGAAAAGCUGUGCAGAUCUAGAAGUUACCUGUAUGUUAGAUUGGACGGCACAAUGUCCAUCAAGAAAAGAGCCAAAAUUGUGGAAAGAUUCAAUAGUCCAUCUAACCCAGAGUUUAUCUUCAUGCUGAGCAGCAAGGCUGGUGGAUGUGGCCUUAAUCUGAUUGGUGCUAAUCGUCUGGUGAUGUUUGAUCCCGACUGGAACCCAGCCAAUGAUGAGCAAGCAAUGGCUCGCGUGUGGAGAGAUGGCCAGAAGAAGACCUGCUACAUCUACAGACUUCUCUCUACGGGGACCAUUGAGGAGAAGAUUUUGCAGAGACAGGCCCAUAAGAAAGCCCUGAGCAGCUGUGUGGUGGAUGAGGAGCAGGACGUGGAGCGUCACUUCUCUUUAGGCGAACUUAGAGAACUCUUCACUCUCAAUGAGGACACGACCAGUGACACACAUGACAAGUUUCGCUGUCGUCGCUGUGUAAAUGGCAGAGAGGUGCGGCCACCUGCAGAAGAUUCAGACUGCACCAGUGAUCUUUCCCAGUGGAACCACUGUGUUGAUAAAAAGGGCCUGAGGGACCAAAUACUGAAAGCCUCCUGGGAUGCUGCCGUCUCCUUUGUCUUUCACCAGCGCUCUCACGAGGACCAGAGGGGUGUACUAUAGCAGGCGUACACAAUAGGCUGUUAUACUACCACAUGUUUUGUACAUGCUGAUAUUUAUUUGUUCAUGACUUUUGGCAUUUUCUUUUCUUUAAGUGAAAAAAAUAAAGGGGAAAUAAUAAACGGUCCAGA